AUGGCCGAGUUUCAUCUGCGCCAGUUUAUGCGCCUCAUCAGUCUUUCCGACAAACGAACUGAGACAGAGAAACACAUAUCACGAGAUCCGGAUAUGGCACGUGCACGAAUUCAGACAGAGAAAAAUAAUCUACCGAUUGAAAUGCUCCAGCACAUAUUGUCAUACCUCGACUGUAUAGCCUUACUGAGAUGUCGCUGCGCAUGCGCAAGAUGGCUCGACUGCAUCCUAGGAGAUUCGGGCGAUCUACGAAACAUCAUGUUCCUACCUAAGCGGAUUGCCGCCAAAACAAAUAAAGGACAGUCGUAUAAUCUGACGAUCACCUUCUACACCGAUGCGAAGAAUCCUUACAGGCAAUUGAGGUCUUCGACAGUCGGCAUCAUCUCUCAAAUUCUCAUGGUCAGCACUUCUCCAGGAGAUGCAGACAGCGCUAUAUCUUUACACCCAUUUAUGCUCAAGUCUAGCUACAUGAAAGCGCAUAUCCCGAAAGGCCUAAUUAAAGCACCAAGCCGCUCAUUGCACUUUCUCAGUCUGUGGAACAGAGCUGAUUACCGCCUGGUGCAUCCUGGCGAUUCCGAACUUUGGAAACAUUUCCUUGUUACGACACCAGCCAGCACUGAAGUACGCGUUAAAUAUCGGUAUAUAGACCAGGAGAAUUAUCCUCUUGAGUCCGAGGAUGGACAGGGCUCAGAGGUAUUGCGCAAUGUUGUCGGUGUUCGCUUCUGCGAGGUGUUCGAUGCCAUAGAGGCAAAGGCUAUGGGUUUACUACGUAGAGCGGCGCUCAAGCAAUUUGACGAAAAUCCGCAGGCAUGUCUGGAGUUUCCAGGGCUUCACUAG